UGGGGAGGCAGCUCCGCUGCAGCGUGUCGCUUCAUCCGUCUGUGUCAUGUGUGUUGCCGUCUAUCACUGUUGCCUCACGCUCUGGGCUCUGUUAGCAUUAGCAGCAGCAGCAUCUGCAGCAGGAAGUCUAAGUCAAGACCUCCACACCUCAGCAACAGCAUCUUGUUUGUGUGUGUCUGAGUCUGCAUGUGUUUACACUUUAGGUGUGUGUGUGUGUGUGUGUGUGUGUGUGUGUGUGUGAGCUAGAGAAAUAACACAAAGGAGUGGCUGGAUUUUAAGUGAGUGACACAAACGACGCACAUGUAAGAAAAGAGCACACACACCACGUAGGGAGUGUUGUGGCAGUUUCUGCCGGAUGUGAUCAUAAAGGUGAGAGUCACAGAAAGACGUGUGUUUUCCAUGCAUGUCUGAUCCCAAACGUUGGUUUUCAUCACUAGUUACGUGUUCUAUUUGGGUCAGCGAGACAUUUGUCAUGGUUCUUUGUGUUUGAGGAUUAAAAUUUCGUAACGGAGCCAAUUGGGUCUAUGAAUGAUGCUAUUUCUAUGCAGAUUUAGGCCAAAUACUUAUGGUUUAAAUAAGUAGCCUGAUAUUUCAUAUUUAAGUACCCUCUAAUCCUAAAGCACUUGCUGAUUUAGACUUUAGUCUUUUAUUUUAUGGAAGUAACACACCAGAGAUCUUUCUUUCUUCUAAAAUUUCCAACAGCUCUUUAAUAAUAAAACAAUUGAUGUUGCUUCUCUGUACCUGAUUAUGGAUGCAGAUGGCAAAAUGAAAAUAAGAGGGGUCAUGAAAAUUCUUAAAAUCCUCUAAUUUUCUAUAGUUCACCCAUGCAGGACUUGGGAGAGUAGCGUUUUUAUGGUGAUGCAGUAUGAAGAUCUGAUGCUUAUUAGUUUUGUCACCGAGACAUCAGAGUAGCUGACGUCUAGCUUUAGCCAUAACAUACGAACCAUUUAACAUAAAUGUUGAUCAGUCAUAUUAUUGUAUUUUGAGACAAUAUUUUAGUUUUAUUUAGAAGUAUUUCCACAGCUCACUCAUAUUUAAUGAAUGGGUUUGAAAGCCGCUGCAGUAGAAGUAACUCACCUUUGCGUGACCUAACGCUCUGCAGAGCGACUGCUGGCCGUCUGACCGAAAACAGACUCAACACAUGACAUCAUGUACCAGAUCAACAGCCUGUUUACAGCCUUUAGUUAAUCUGUGACUCCUUUUAUGAUUUUGAGCCUUUCAGCUGCUGCUCUUUUAUUGCCUUGUUAUUUGAAUCUGGCACGCUUCACAGGCUCAAUGUCAAACAAACGCUGCAGAACCAGACAAAUGCCUCGAGAACCUGCUCCUCAAACACAAUUGGAUCCAUCUGACGGGAUCGUUUAGUCGUCAUGAUGCUGCUGUCUUCAUCUGGACACGCGUCGGGGCUCUGAAGGGGGGUGGGGGGGCUUUUCUGUGUUUGACUCUAAACCAACUAUUCACUUCACUCCAUUUAACUUGCAGCCUCACCCCCCGAAGCUUGAGCCCCACUCCCACUAGCCCUUGCAGCCCGUGCAGCCCGCUGCACGCGUUUCAUUUCUGGAGGUAAGCGAACGUUCUUCAGCCAUGAGUGUUUUUAUUCUAAAUGGCUCAGCGGUGCACGUUUGAGCCAUUCUUGUGUUCAUACAUUUCAAUGUUAAAGCCAAGUCUGCAGUUUGCCCUCCAAAAAAAUCAUCUGCCACUAAGAUGACACUAAAAGAGGACAUGGAGCUUAUGUAAUGUGGAUAAUGCCACCCCCCUCCAUCUUGCCCCAGUCUGUUUGGAGAUUUUGCUCCUCUUUCAUGUGCUAAGUAGGAUUUGUGCUGUUUGCGAUGCAUCAAAGUGAGGAAUGGUCUCAAUCUGUCUGAAUCCCAGCUUGAUUCAUGGAGGAAUGACGAGCACUGGCGACGAUAAAAGCUAGUUAUGUUUCAUAACUGAGCUUACUGCUUAUAUAUCAGCUUGUGUUUGAUUAUUAGUUGUCCUCGUGUCUCAGAUGAACUUUUUUAUGCAUUUGUGAGGAGCUGCAAACACGUUUGUCCAGUCGUCACGAUGCUCGGUGUGCCGGCGUACUUCUGCAGAUGAAAAACACCUGAACAGCUGGCCAGAUUACUCAUUUGCCUGAAGACUCAUUAAUUGAUAAUGAGGUUCAUCAUCUUACUCUUCUGAACCAAGCCUUUGCAGAGGAUUUCAGUACAAAAGUCUGCAUAAAAAAAGCUAAAAAUAUCCUUAAGUAGCUCAUCAAUCCAGCUUGUGAUCCACAGGUACCAGUUCUUUUUACUAAACUCUUUUGAGUCUCCUUAAUCAAAUCAAUCCAACUUUUGCUUAAAAAUGUAUUUAACCGAAAAACGUUUUGACUUAUUUUCUAAAUCUUUUCAGUCAUAAUGAGUUUAUCAUGUAGGCUAAACAUGAAAAUAGUCUUCUGCCCCUAUUUCCUACAUUAGCCGUCGAUUGACAGACGGGGAAACACUCAGACAUACAAAAGCCAGUGACAUUUGCACAUCAUAGGGUCAAGUUAGCAUUCAUGGACGUGCUCAUCUUGGCUCGCAACGGGGAAGGCUGUUGUUGAUUUAGCAUCCAGGAGAGAGCAUCUGUAGUAGAAGCUAACCGUUAGCAUUAGCGACUCCACCACACAGCAGAAGUCAUUCAGGGUUGCGUCAUUUGUGAAGAAAAAACAUCAACGUUGCAGAGCAAACAGAGCCAGUGGUAGACUCGUGUUGCUGUUGUCCAAUCAGAGGCGACGUGUCCAAAUAUGAAGAAAUAGGACUCCAAAAUCUGCCGUCUUCAUUUCACUUCUCCUGACUCACUUCCUGUUCCUGAAACGGGAGCGCGAGAGCUUUCCCCCCCACAGAAAUGAAUCUCAGGGCAUUCAUUUGUAUCAUUCUAUAUUUUAUUAAUUUAUUGAAAAAACAAGUAAAUUUGGUCUUGAAAAUUUUACUGUGAGCGCAGUAAAUGAUAAAUGACCCUCUCUUAUAUAGUGCCUUUUAGAGUCAGAGGACUCCAACGUGCUUUACAUGGCAGUGUGUCAUUCAUUCAUUCGCACACACAUUCACACAUUGAUGGUGAUGGCCUACAAUGUAGCCGCAGCUGCCCUGUGGUACACUGACACAGCCGAGACUGGUCCCUUCCACCACCACCAGAAAGCAAGGUGGGUUUAGUGUAUUGCCCAAGGACACUACAGCAAAAUUCUCUGGCGGGAUUGAUCCUACAACCCUCGGAUUACUCGACAACCCGCUCUACCUACUAAGCUACUGCUGCCCACAAAGGGCUAACUGAGAGACACCUUGGGUUGAACUCGUCAAAAUGUUUAAUGGACCAAGGGGGAAACAUGAUUGGUUGAUUUAAGCUUUAUUUUAAUGCAGCGAUGUCUGCUGUAAAAUUUACCGAGCCAACCAAUCACAGAGGAUAUGUGAUUCUACUGUUUCCCUAGCAACAGAGCUGGAAAAAUUAUGAUUGGCUGCAGAAACGCUCUGCCUUAGAUGACAACCUGAUGCAGAAACAAAAGCAGAGUGGCCACUUCCACGCAACAUUUUCUAUACAGUUUGGAUUUUUUAAUAGUGGAUUUGAAUGUUUAUUAUAUUUUAGGUCAAAUUAGGCCCAGCACCACUGGUAGAUACUGUGGUCAACAUUUUUUUUUGCAAUCCUUUACACAUUUUCCCCAACCUCCUAUGUCAGACUUAUCUGACAAAUCUCCUCUGCUAGCUCAAUCUGCAUUAGACAUCUGCAUGUUCUUACUGAACGGUACAGAUGCAGAGGUCUGAAGUCUGUCUGAAGCACUAAAGUAGCAGGAAUCGGCUGUGGUGUUUGUUUUUAUUCUUUCUUUCGAUCCAUUCAGAACUGCAGAAGUUGAGAAUGUGCGGUCUGAAUGAAAAGCAUGCGACGCCCACUAGGGAUGUGAAUCUUAGAGCAACUCACGAUUUGAUUCGAUUCCGAUUCUUGGGGUGCCGAUUCGAUUCAGAAUCGAUUCUCGAUUUCCCAAUUUAAAUCGAUUCACAAUCAGUAUUAACAAAGAGUGUCAGCUCCAGGAUGAACUACUUUGUUGUUCAAGUUAGUUAAAGCUAUGGGACAUUUUUAUUUGACUUUAAACUGGUCAUGCUCCAAAAAUGCAAAUUUACAAUGUAAAAUAAAGUGAUUCUAAAACUGUAAACAGAAACAAUCUUUUGACCAAAAGGCAACAUUUAUUUUUGCUUACCUUGUAACAUAUAACAAAUCUGUAGUUACCUAACAGUAGAUUUGAAAGUAAUACGGUCAAAUACUUUUCAAGUAUGUGUAGAAACAAGUUACACGAGUAAUCCUGAGUACUCAUUUAUAAACUUAGAAAAUAAAUUUGAGAAUAUCUCAAAUUUCUGAGUAUGGAAAAAAUUACAUUCAAGUGUGCUCUCAUCAGCAGAUUCAAACAUAAAUCAUCUCAAUUUAUGGGACCACAAAAGUAAACGAAGUACUGACUCUCCUAACAAAGAUCAAAAAAGUGCAUCUCAAACCUGUAACAUGGAUAUUUGAGUUCUUGGAAUCGAUUCUGAACCUUUGUGAAUCGAUUCUGAAUCGUUAUAAAUAAGAAUAUUCCGAUUCAGACUUGAAUCGAUUUUUUUCAGCACCUCUAACGCCCUCCUCUCACCCUUGCUCUCCUCUUGUUCCACAUAGAGUCGAGUGGAGCAGCCAUUAAAAUGAGUCAGCAGCACCCAUGACGGUAGAGGUGUUUUUCCUUCAUUAGGAUUAUUAAAUAUAAUCUUCUGUCAUGUGUACCAGUGCACACAGAUGGGUUGAAGAGCCCUGUUCAGUCUGCAGGUUUUCUCAUUGUUAGUCGCGCAGUGUAGGAACAAAGACAGCUGCUCUUUGCUUCACAGAAGAACAACUGUUAAUGACGGAGUGACGUUCUAUAAAUAACUCCGUAACAAAGAGUCUAAUUGGAGGUUUUGAACUCCGGUUCCUAAGCAGGUAUUUUUAAGAACUGCUUUUAAAAGUUAAGUCGGUAUAAUUAUCGUAACGGCCCUAAAUAGCUGCAAAUAUAAAGUGGCACCAACACUGCUCAUUUCAUUUACCAUCCAUUCUGCUUUUCCAGCAGCUCUUCCAACUUUACAAAUAUAAUUUCCCACCGAGUCACAACCAAUCAGCAUGAGUUAACCACGAGUCCUACCCAGCAACUCUACCGAGUCUUUUCUAGGUAGGAGUUUGGUUCCUGAAAUUACCCAGAAUGGUCCUGAUGGGCCCGCUUCAAUGGAGACAUUGCGUAUUCGACGAAGGUCUGACUCGGAAACACGCCUUAUGACCAGACAAGGAAAAGAAGUCACCAUAAAAUAUUUUUCCACUUUUUAAGAAAGCUAAAAAUCCUAUUUUUGUGGCCAGGGAGGACUUGGAACGUGAGGAUUUUGGCCCUGACCUUGAAAAGUUGGGACACCCCUGACACAAGGACUUACUAACGAGAUGAUUGUCCCCACCUUCACCCAGAUCAGGUCAUGUGACACCUGACCUGAGUACAGCUCCGUUACAGCGGCUCUGAUGAACAUCAGUUUGGUGAAGAUCUGGUCCUUGAAGUGGAUCCAGUCUCACACACCUGAUGGUGACCAAAGUAAGAGCCUGAACAGUGAGAGACAAGUGGACUCAACAACGACACAGAAACGACAUCUGUCUGUUAUCUGUAGGCAAACGUGCUCAUAUAUCACUUUUAAUGAGCAGUUGGUACAGAAUCCAGCUUAGGCACAAAAGGUUGAGUACCUUUUUGUUGCAGGAAUAUUUGGAUAUAUUUACAGUUCCGGAGGUGCUAGAGUCAGCUGUACUCUGCAGAUUUUUCUUAAUAAACCCUCACAGCUGUGGAGCAUCAUCUGAGUCUGCCCUGGCUCUGUUGAUGUUCUGCACUUGCUAGUGUCAUGGUCUCAUUAUCGCUGAAAGUUGGAGGUGUAGCAAUUGGUAAAAAAGCUGAAUCCCAGAGUAAAAGAGAAAAAAGGAAACUGUAAGCCAGCACAAAUAAAUCCUACCACUGGAUGUUGAACACUCGCCCAGGAAAAAACAAACAACACAUUUAUCAACUAUUAGUAUGUAAACAGUUGUUAGUUUGCACGCAUUUCCCCUGCACUCCUUUCAUGCUGCCUUCUGCAGGUUUGACUUUGAACCGUCGUAGCUGUCGCUCCUUAUGUGGAGCACAGAAACGGGACAGAGCCAUAAUUAGAGUGAAGGCUGUCACAUCAGCCUGCAGGGAGACAGGCAGAGCCUCUCUGAGAGGACGCAAACUCAGGCUUUCCACUGCCAAAAAUGACCUCUGAUGGCACUUUAGUGCAGAAGAGGCACAUGGAAGUGGAGCCAGUGGUUAUGUGCCAGGUAUACUGGUGCUUUUCCUUUGUUCAUUUUGGUUUCUGUCUCUUUUUCUCGAGCUUGUGAAGUUCUUCCAGGCAAGUGAUUAGUUAUCUGCAGCAUCCUGAGGGUCUUCAGGGCUUUCUAUACUCACAUCCUAAGUAAAGCUCUCAAUGUUUGAGCCACCUCCACCAAAUUCUUCAAAACUGGUUAAACAGAAGAAGCGUAUGAAAAUCUACAUGCUAGCACCUAACUUUGGAAGAUUAUUAAGGUCUCCAUCCAUCCAUCCAUCCAUCCAUUUUUCAUACUGGCAUUGUCCUUUUUCUGGUGAGGCUACAAACCAGAUCUAACCAGAUCUGAGCUGUAGUUAGUGGCUUAAAGUUUGCUUUGUCAGCAGAUCUGUGGUUGCAGAGCAAAGACAAAUAUUUGUAUUUAAUAAGGUUGGCUAGUUCUUUUUCUGCCUAAAAAUGUUUUUUGCUCAAUUUUCAAAUAAACAAUUUUAUCCUUUUACAUUUUGUUUCAGUUUUAAAUUGAAAAGCAAAACAGAAGCAAAAACAGAGAAGGUAUUUUUCCGUGAACGUGAGUCCGCUCGGUGUCGUUAAGCAGCUGAUAGUAACCGGGCUGACUCCGACACGUGCCGGUGAACCAACCCACCUUCAUGUCGCUAGUGUUCCACCGGGUGGUGACGUUAGCCCCAGGCUCCGGUUAGCUUCCAGCUAAAAGGCUACAGCACUCUCCUCCCAGUCCCACCCUGCUAAAGAGGGCCUGGAAAAGUUCCCCCACACAUCAAAGUGAUUUUUCAUUUAAGAGCUUUUAUAACCUUGUUAGUCAGGAUAGUUGAUUUGCUGCUGCACAUAAACUGUCAGUCAGAAGCUCUGCUAGCUGGUUAUCUUAAGAGGAGCUAGUUCAAUUUGUUAGCUUGUUAUCAGAAUCAUAGUUGCAGUUUCAUCAUCUGAGCUGCUUUUUAAGAUCUAGGUAAACUUGUUCAAUUUGGGGUUAAAAACAAAUGUUUUCACAUAUUUUCCAUGUAGUUUUUUUGCCAAUUCCUCUUCUGAAAGGUAGACAAUUGUUUUUCUCUUUCCCUCAGAAAAUCUUAAUAUUCUCCUAGUUUGGCCCAGCACAGUUCACUUCCCAGUUACAGCAACAGCCUUAUAUCAUAACCACAUAAGUGGAGAAAAUGUUCAGUAGCAAUGAGAGAAUUUGCUGUUGCAUUUAAGUGAUGUUAACUAUUAUUUAACAUUUAAACUUAUUUUCUGAUUUUUUUUAUUCAAAAACCCUGGUAAGGGAUGUUUUUCUGUAUUUGGAGCAUCAGAAAAAGUUUUAUGGUGGAGGUGAUGUUUUAAAGUCACUGAGAAACUGCAUGCAUGCAGUUUGUUGUUUUGCUGCUAAUACAGUAGUAGGUGCAGCUGCAUAUUUUUGCAAUAAAAAUGUUAUGUUGUAAUGGAAUUCAUGCAUUAGUUUUUGUUUGCUUUGAACCCAGAGCAGACGUCACACGCCAGACAACAUUGACACUGCAUACUUUAGUAUUUGUUCAUUUAUCGUGAGUAAUAUCGAUAUCGCAAUAUUAAGCACUGUUAUCGAAUAUCGCAGGUUUUCCUAAUAUCGUGCAGUCCUACUCCAAAUCUUGCCAUUUGAAGCUCUCCUCUGCUGUAGCUCGUUUCUACUUCCUUAAACGUGUGCACCAUGUCUUUUUUUUACCCAGAGUACGACUUACAAGGCAUUCAUUCCUAAUAGAGACCUCUGCAAACAUAAUGAUUUAGCAGGUGUUUCACAUCUGUGAAAUGAGAGAUGAUAUUUACUUGACUAAAUUAUCAGAAGAAUCUCCAUCCAUCCAUUUUUUUCCGCUUAUCCGGAGUCGGGUCGCGGGGGCAGCAGCCUAAGUUGAGAGGCCCAGACUUCCCUCUCCCCAGCUGCUUGGGCCAGCUCCUCCGAGGGAAUCUCAAGACGUUCCCUGGUCAGGUGAGAGAGGCCCAGCCACUCGGCAGAGAAAAUUCGUUUUGGCCGCUUGUAUCCACGAUCAGAAGAAUUGUAAUUUUAUCAAAACUGUGGUGACCGUAAUGUCGCUCUCUGGACAUUAAAGAAAUCUCGGUAAUCUUAUUGAAGCUCUGAGGCCUUUGCAGGAUUAAAUAAUAGUCCUUCACAAGUAUGAUCAAUGCUUUGGUUCACAACUUAUCUGUGAAAAACUUGUAAAUGUUUAUUUGUUUAAAGAAAGGUUUUUAUUUAGUGAAUUUUUUGCUACAAAGGUCACUUUAGGAUUUCCCCCCCCUCCGUCUGUUGUGAUCAGCUGACCUUAGUCACUCACAAACACCUGAAAGCCAAGUUCACCUCUGAACCCACUAAGCUGAUUCAUUAGUCAUGAGUGCUGCUCCUAAACUUAGUUUUCUUUUAGUUUAGUGAAGGUUUGUUUGGCCUUAAACAGAAAACUCUAAUCAGUCUUGUUUAGUUUCAGCCGUUUAGGAAGUCGAACAGAAAGGGGUUGAAAGGCGUGGCUCUCCUCAUAUCAACUAUCAAAGUAACAAACAUUUUCCUUUUGAACUCCGGCUGUAAGCGCCGACCCGCUGGACUUUGAGCGAAGCUUUCGCGAAAACGUUUCUCUGCAUCUUAUGUUGAAGAUGCAGGACUGCUCCCCCCUUCACAGGAUGUGAAGUGGUAUGUGCCUGUUACAUGAUACCGAGCAUGUCGAGCAAACGGAGCCGGGUGAGUGUUUGGGACACACAGCAGAGUCGCAGUGAGACGGGACGAGUCAGCUGGUGUUGGGUGUCGUGUCCCAGCUGCAGUGGAGGCUGUCAACACCUGACCUGGAUCACACGGCGUGCGCCUUUCAGGGCUCUCCUUGGAUCAUUAUUUAUUUAUUUUGCUUGUUUGAGGACGGAGGAGGACAACGUGCCCUCCCUGCCUGUGCGUUUAUGCCGCAGCUGGCUGCAGAUGUGCCUGUUCAGAGGAAGUUUGGACCUCAGGACAGCACUUGUCAGGACUUCUCCAGGGGUCGCAGCCUGCUGAACCCUGACUGCCGUCGCUUCUCAUCGGGUCCUCAGAAACUCCCGUUGCAUCUCCCUCUCUGGCAUGAGGAGGACACGAUGUCAGAUUCUAAUCCUUGGACCGUUUUAUCCAACUUAAAUAUGCCACAGUUCUUCAGCGGAGCCCGUCUGCGCCGGUCUAAAAGCUGUAGAACGAGCAACAGAAAGAGCCUGAUUGGAAGCGGUCAGUCGUCGGGGUUACCACGACCUCACUCUCCUCUCCCGUCUCUCACAGGAACAAGCCCCCAGGACAGCCCUAGAAACUUCUCUCCUAGUGCCUCUGCUCACUUCUCUUUUGCACGAAGGACUGAUGGCCGUCGAUGGUCGUUGGCUUCUCUCCCUUCUUCUGGAUAUGGAACCAACACACCCAGCUCCACCGUCUCUUCAUCCUGUUCAUCACAGGAGAAGCUGCACCAGCUGCCCUUCCAGCCUACGCCCGACGAACUGCACUUCCUCUCCAAGCACUUCUGCACCGAGAGCAUCUCUGGGGACGAAUGCCGCAGAGCGACGGCCAUGCGACCCCGCUCACGCAGUCUCAGUCCUGGAAGAUCUCCUUUGUGUUUUGAUAAUGAAAUCAUCAUGAUGAAUCACGUCUACAAGGAGCGCUUUCCCAGAGCCACCGCUCAGAUGGAGGAGAAGAUCCAGGAAAUCAUCCGCAGCAGCUCUCCAGAGAGCGUCCUCCCCUUUGCCGACGGGGUGCUCGGCUUUGUCCACCACCAGAUCAUCGAACUGGCCCGGGACUGUCUGGAGAAGAGCCGCCUGGGUCUCAUCACCUGCAGUUACUUCUGCGAAUUCACCGACAAGCUGGAGCGGCUCGUUCAAGAGUCUACAGAGAGGUCUGAAAGUGAGGAGGUGAACUUCAUCCGAGUGCUGGUGAAGAAGCUCCUCAUCGUGAUCGCUCGGCCUGCCCGGCUACUGGAGUGUCUGGAAUUUGACCCAGAGGAGUUCUACCACCUUCUGGAGGCGGCUGAAGGACACGCUAAAGAGGGUCAGGGCAUCAAAUCAGACAUCCCGCGUUACAUCAUCAGCCAGCUUGGACUCACCCGGGAUCCCCUGGAAGAAAUAGCUCGAUUAAAAAGUUCUGACAGUGGGAUUGCAGAAACCCCAGAAACAGAUGACUCGUCUCAGAGCCUCAGCACGGCCUUGCGAUCCCGGAGGAAACCCUGUGAAUUAGACUUUGAGAUGAUAAAACUCAUCAGUAAUGGAGCCUAUGGAGCUGUUUACUUAGUUCGACACAAGGAAACCAAGCAGCGGUUUGCUAUGAAGAAGAUCAACAAACAGAACCUGAUGCUGAGGAAUCAGAUCCAGCAGGCCUUCGUGGAGAGGGACAUCCUGACGUUUGCUGAGAACCCAUUUGUGGUGUCCAUGUACUGCUCCUUUGAGACGCGCCGGCACCUGUGCAUGGUGAUGGAGUACGUUGAAGGAGGAGACUGCGCCACCCUUUUAAAGAACAUGGGUCCACUGCCCGUGGACAUGGCGAGGAUGUAUUUUGCGGAGACCGUUCUAGCUCUGGAGUAUCUUCACAACUACGGCGUCGUUCACAGGGAUCUGAAACCUGACAACCUGCUGGUGACCUCCAUGGGACACAUCAAGCUGACGGAUUUUGGUCUGUCUAAAGUCGGACUGAUGAACAUGACCACUAACCUUUAUGAGGGACACAUAGAGAAAGAUGCCAGGGAGUUUUCUGAUAAGCAGGUUUGCGGAACCCCGGAGUACAUCGCUCCUGAGGUGAUCCUGAGACAAGGCCACGGGAAGCCGGUGGACUGGUGGGCCAUGGGUAUCAUCCUCUACGAGUUCCUGGUGGGAUGUGUGCCUUUCUUUGGAGACACACCAGAAGAGCUGUUCGGACAGGUCAUAAGUGAUGAGAUCAACUGGCCAGAAGGAGAGGAUGCCCCCCCUCCCGAUGCUCAGGAGCUCAUCACGCUGCUGCUGAGACAGAAUCCUCUGGAAAGGCUGGGAACAGGUGGAGCUGCUGAAGUCAAACAGCAUCAGUUUUUCCACAACCUGGACUGGAACGGCCUGCUGAGGCAGAAGGCAGAGUUCAUCCCUCAGCUGGAGUCUGAAGACGACACCAGCUACUUCGACACUCGCUCUGAGAGGUACCAUCACCUGGAGACGGAGGAAGACGACACCAAUGAUGAAGACUUCAGCGUGGAUCUGCGACAGUUUUCCUCAUGCUCUCAUCGAUUCUCCAAGGUUUACAGCAGCCUGGAUUUGUCUCGAGGGCAUCUGAAGGAGAAAGGAGAGACGGAGGAGAAGAAAAUCGAGAGCCCGCUCACAGUGGACUCGCUCAGCUGGACGCCAGACUUUGCUGAAAUGCCCUCGCUGUCACACUCUACAGACACAGACAGCACAAGCCAGGGUCCUCGUCCAAGUUUGCUCCCAAAGUUUGCCAUUUCAGCUGAAAGUGAAGGAGAUGACACAUCCGGCCUCGACGAUCCCAGCAAGGUUUCCUUCUCUGUAGGAGAUCUGCCACAAGAGGAGCCUGACGCCACCACUCCUGGCAGCACUCACAGCGGAGCCACGCUCUCUGGAAGUUUCUCUGAACAUCUGGACCAGCUGACUCCCAGAGGUGAAGGUGUGGAUCUCCUUGAUAAUACCGGUCAGGCCUCCACAGACCGGCAACCUCAGACCUCCUCCCUGAGACCAGAGAGGGCUGCAGACAAGACCGGAGCUGUGACGAAAGUCCCCAAGUCCAUGUCAACAGGAGCUCUUUCUCUGAGGAUCCCUGGAGAUAUCUUUGGCGCGUCUCCGCUGGCCAGUCCUGUUUCUCCCUACUCACUGUCCUCAGACCCAUCCUCCAGGGACUCCUCUCCCAGCAGAGAAUCCUCGUCCCUGUUCAGCAGCAGCCCACGGAAGCCCGUUGUCAUCCACAGUUCCGGGAAGAAGUUCGGCUUCACCCUCAGAGCGAUCCGAGUGUAUGCUUGUGACAGCGACAUCUACACCGUCUAUCACCUGGUCUGGAACGUAGAAGAUGGUGGGCCGGCACACAAAGCUGGACUCAAAGCUGGAGACCUGAUCACUCAUGUGAACGGAGAACCGGUCCAUGGUCUGGUCCACACUGAGGUGGUGGAGCUCCUGCUAAAGAGCGGCAGCAAAGUGGCCAUCUCUACAACUCCUUUUGAGAACACCUCUAUAAAAACUGGUCCAGCCAGAAGGAACAGCUACAGGAGCAAGAUGGUGCGGUGUGGAAAAAAGUCCAAAAAGGAGAAGAUGCCAGAAAGGCGGCGCUCCCUUUUCAAGCGUUUCGCCAUGCAGCCCUCUCCUCUGCUCCACACCAGCCGUAGUUUCUCCUCUCUGAAUCACUCUAUGUCCUCUGGUGACAGCCUCCCUGGCUCCCCCACCCACAGCCUCUCCCCUCGCUCGCCCACCGCCGCCCUGAGAACCACGCCCGACUUCACCCUCUCAGGAGGUAACUCCUCCCAGAGCAGCUCUCCCAGCUCCAGCGCUCCCAACUCUCCCGCGGGCUCAGGACACAUCCGUCCCAGCACCCUCCACGGCCUCGGACCCAAGCUGCCGGGUCAGAGGCUUCGACAGGGGCGCCGCAAGUCCAUCGGCAGCAUUCCCUUGUCCCCUCUGGCACGCACGCCUUCACCCACCCCCCAGCCCACGUCGCCUCAGCGCUCUCCUUCUCCCCUCCAUAGUGGACAUUCUGGACCCAUGUCUAAGACAGCCCAAGCCUUCCCAGCUAAGAUGCAUUCCCCUCCCACGAUUGUACGCCAUAUUGUCUGUCCCAAAAGCGCCGAGCCGCCCCGCUCGCCCCUCCUCCAGCGUGUCCAGUCUGAGGAGAAGCUGUCCCCGUCCUACACAGGAGAGAAGAAGCAUCUUUGUCCCAGAAAACACAGCCUGGAGGUGACCCAAGAGGAGGAGCAGGAUGAGGAGCAGAAGAGCGGGGAGCCGGACCUUGCUGCCCUGCAGAGUAUGGACGAAAUGAGCAGCGAGCCUCCAGCGAUCACUCGCCUGCGACCCGUUGAGCAGGGCUGCUUAAAAAGGCCCGUCGGCCGAAAAGUGGGUCGGCAGGAGUUUCCGGAGGAGUUUGACAAAGAUAAAAUAAAAUUAAAGAUUGCUCUGAAGAGGAAAGAGUGGACAGAGAGGAGGGAGGCCCUGCAGAAGCAGGAAGCCCUGCGUGAAUCCGACUUGUUGCCCCUGUUUGGUGAUGAGAGGAUGGAAAGUUUUCUGUUCCCGAUCCAAAACAAAACCCAGAGCAGCCCAGAUUCUUCCCCUCUGGAGAUCAAAGCCAUUAAAGAUGUUUUGUACAAAAAACUGUUCCCGCGAGUUUCUGAAGGCUGUCCUGAACCAGCAGGUGGCAGCAGCGAGGGCGACAGAGCCUCCCGAGCAGCUGAGUGGCAGCACACCCGGCAUGGUAAAGACGACAGCAAGCCCGACCCACUGGACUUCAAAACUCCCAGUGUGGAUUACACCAGAAAGAGGUUGUCCUUCGAGGAACUGGAGGACCACAUGUGCCGAUUUUCAUGCGGCAUCCACGAGAACCUCCACUUUGGCUCCAUGAGGUCCAAGAGCCUCCAGCUGGACACGGCUGCAUCUCAUGACCACCUAAAAGCAGCCGUCCACUCUAGUCCUGAAGGUCUGGUUCCCAAAAUGUUCUCCGGUAGAGGAGAGAGCGCUGUAGAGAAACUCCAGCUCAUCUCCUCGGCCGAGUCCCCUCUAAGGAAAACGUCAUCAGAGUACAAACUGGAAGGACGCCAGGUGUCCUCUCUCAAACCCCUGGAGGGAACCCUGGACAUCGGUCUGCUUUCAGGACCCCGAGUUUCCAAAACUGAAACCUGUUUGUCUAAACUGACAGACGGCAUGAGCGACAUCGUUCCGUUGAGUCCAUCCAGGUGGCUCAAAAGCCCGACGGAAAAACAGAUCACCAUCCCUCAUCUCAAGUCUGCUGACAAAAUCAAAACCUCCAUGUUGGGUCCACUGAGCCUGGACGCCGUUUCCUCCUCAAACGGCUCCAAAGAGCCGUCUGUCAGUGGUGGCGUAGAAAUUAAGAUUAAUGGAAGCGGUGAGAAGGCCUCACUGACUCAUGACCACAGAGGCUCCCGACACAGCUCCCAGUUCUCCUCUGCUGGGAAAACCCCCUCCAUACGGGAAGUGAGCAACGAGGAUCAGGAUGAGGAAGUGGAGCAGCAGGAAGUGGCUUCACACACGUCACACAGCCCAAACUGCUCUGACACCACGGUGGUUCCAGCAGAACUGCAGGGGUCCCCAGCUGCUAGUGGUGGACCGCCUGGUCCCCCAGGGAAGACCUCGGAUUGUGUGUUAGACUUGUGUGUAGACAGAGACUCUUCUGCACAGAACGUGACCCCAGGUGCUGAGGUGGUGCAGAACGUUUCUGCUUCUGCACCCGAUCCAGAGAGUGUGCUUUCUAAACAGGAACGGCUCAACAUCUGCUCCUCAAACAUGCAGGCACCCGUUCCUGUCGCACCAUCAGCACUUGGACCUAAAUGCGGUCAUAAAUCCAGCAGUUUGAAAUCCAAGGCCAGCUGUGAAACAUCUGCUGGAGAGGCAGCAGUAGAAGACGCAGCACCGUCAAACAAACCGGCCGUGAAAGCGUCGGAAGGAGCGGGUGGCUCGGCCUCUGACACCACAAAGACGGACGCUCCCGUGGUAAACACCAGCAGCCCGUUGUGUUCUGCGACGGAAGACAAACUGAAUGUAAACAAAAGCGAUGGCUCCGUGUCCGCUUGUACUGGACAGCGUCCCGGUUUACCACACAGCGGUGCGAAAGUUUCAGAGCAGCCGUCAAACAAGCCCCCGGCUGCAAAACAACAACACAAAUCGUCCGAGUUGGACUUGAAAAAGGAAAACAUGGUGGUCGUUUCUGCAAGAGGGAAGGGGAACGGUUCAGCAGCUGCAAAUGAGAAAAGUAAACCCGGCUGUGAGGCACAACCUGCUCCCCACACGUCUGUUAAGGAGGCAAAAACACCUCCUGUCCCGGGCGUUCGAUCAAGUCUAACUACCCAGGAGAGCAAACACAAAGACGCCUCGCUGAUGUCCAAGCAGGACGACUCGGUCCAGCGGACACCUUCACCGUCUCAAGGAGACUUUAAGCAAAGACCGACUCAACCCAAAGGUUCUGUAGCCACCAAGGACAUCACAGAGUCCAAGUUCAAACCUGCUUCUCCCAAAACCGCAACACCGUCCACCUCAGCUGCUAAGCAAAGUCUAGACGUCAAACCUAAAGACGGCUCACCUAAGAAACAGGAUCAACGCGAUUCUAAACCAAAAGGCGUGGCUCCGCCCCAUCAGCAGCUCAUGAAGGAGCAGGAAGUCCCGCCUCUACCUGCUGCCCCCCAGGUGCUGCCAAAACCUGCUGGAAAAAAAGACUCCCCAAUCAGAGAAGCUGCUUCGGUCUCCAGCAGUGGGUCGCUGGACGCUCACAAAGCCUCAGAUGCCAAAAUCCAGCCCACCGAGAAGCUGCAGCUGUGCGCCCGGAGGGAUCCAGCUGACAAAAAGAAAAAGGACUCGGUUCAAGAGGUCACGUCUGCACAGAGAAACCCAAAACGAGACACGAACAGGUCUUCUCCCUCUGCACUCCGAGACUCUUCAGACAAGGACUGCAGCAGGUGCAGGCAGAAGGAGGCGCCGCGUAGCUCCAGCAACAGGAAGUGAAGUGUUAGAAAGGAUUUGUGUACGCAUCAUCAUGCCUUCUUUGAUUUUUUUUUGUGUGUGUUCUUUGAGGACCGGACAAGCUGUUACCUGCCGACGGCAAGUUGGAGCAGGUGUUUAACGUAGGAAGUCGUUUGCUGACAUCAGCGUUUUACUCUUCAAGUGAAUGUGUAGAAGUUUGUUUCUGUCCAUCACUAAACGCUUUGUGCAAUCUGUGUGUGUGUGUGUUGGGGGGGGGGGGGGGGUGUACUGAAGAGGCGGUGCCAUGAAAGAUUUUCAAUUGCACUUUUCCUUCUCGACUCGUGGGGCUGUGGACUUAAUACAGUAGACCCCAGGAUUUUACUGGAUGCCCUGUGUGAUCAGAUGUUGCUGGG